AUGCAAAAUAAUAAAUAUAGUCUUUCUCAAAAAGAUAUAAACACAAAACCUUAAGUUAUUUAAUAACAAUCUAAUAUGGCAGCUAGUAUAAUUAAGAAUUUUAAAAAAGUAAAUAAUCAUUAUUUUAUCUAGAGUGAUUUUUAUCCAUCCGAUUAGUAGAAAAAUGUAAGUAAUAAACUUGAACAGGGUUAAUAGAUCUUUUAAAUUAUCUUAGAAAAAUAACCAUCUAAAUAAGGAUAAAUGGAUAUGUUAAAAGUUGAAAGAAAUUCUAAAUUAUAAUAAUUUGAAAUACAAGAUAAGAAAAUAGAAAAGUAAUAAUCUGAAUUAGAAUAACUUAAUAUAUUAAAUGAAAAAAUUGAAAAAAUAUAAUUCAAAUUAGACUAAUUAGAUGCAAUAGAUAAGAAAAUAUAAAAACAAUAAUCAAAAUUAGAAUAACUUGAAAUAUUAAAUGAAAAAGUUCAAAAAUAAUAAUUCAAAUUAGACUAAUUAGAUGCAAUAGAUAAGAAAAUAUAAAAACAAUAAUCAAAAUUAGAAUAACUUGAAAUAUUAAAUGAAAAAGUUCAAAAAUAAUAAUUCAAAUUAGACUAAUUAGAUAUAUUAAAUGAGAAAAUAUAAAAACAAUAAUCAAAAUUAGAAUAACUUGAAAUAUUAAAUGAAAAAAUUCAAAAAUAAUAAUUCAAAUUAGACUAAUUAGAUAUAUUAAAUGAGAAAAUAUAAAAACAAUAUUCAAAAUUAGAAUAACUUGAUACAUUAAAUGAAAAAAUUCAAAAAUAAUAAUUCAAAUUAGAUUAAUUAGAUACAAUAGAUAAGAAAAUAUAAAAACAAUAAUUUAAAUUGGAAUAAAUAGAAUUGUAAUAAUCUAAAUUAGAAUAAGUAGAAAUUUAAUACAAGAAAAUAGAAAAAUAAUCAUCUAAAUUAGACUAAUUAGAUCUAUUAAAUGAGAAAAUAGAAAAGUACUAAUCUAAAUUAGAAUAACUUGAUAAAUUAAAUGAAAAAAUUGAAAAAUAGAGAUCUAAAUUAGAAUAAUUAGAAUAAUAAUCCAAAUUAGAAUAAUAAUCCAAAUUAGAAUAAUUAGAAAUAUUAAAUAGGAAAAUAGAAAAAUAAUAAUCCAAAUUAGAAAAAUUAGAUAAGAAAAUAGAAAAUUAAGAUUAAUCUGAGUUUUAAGAGUAAAUAUAGAAAUUUAUUAAAAACAACAAUUAUGCUCAUGAGACUUGGAUAAAAUCAUCAGAAAAAAUUGAAAAAGUUUAUUAAACUAUUGAAGAAUAGAUUUAGGAACUUGAUAUGUUUAAGUAAGGCGUAGCAUUAAAAAUUAUUGAGUAUAAUACUAACUUAAAUUAAAAUGUUAGUGAUUAUUUUAGAGAUUUGUAAUAACAAAUUUUAAUAACUCAAAAUUAAACUGAUUAGAAUCUAUUCAAUCUAAAUCAAUAUGAAGAAAAAUUAAGAUUAUUUUGUGAAGAACUACAAAAAAAUUUUAAUUUUUAGGAUCAAUCAAUGUAAAAUUUUAAUUAUAAUUAACCACAAAAUUUCUCAUCAAAUUUCUAAUAAAUACUGCCAUAAUAAGCUAAUUUCAAUAAUACAUAAUAUCAACAGCCAUAGUCAUAGUCUUUCAAUAAUUCAGCUCUUUAAAAUGAUUUUUAUCCACCACCUCAAUAAAUGCCAUAUAAUUUGGAUUAACCAGGACAAAUUCAAGGAAAAUCCAAAAUUAAAUUAAUAUCACAAACUUAAGGCUAAAUACCUUGA